AUGGAUUUCUUCAAGCUCAAGAAGUUCGGCAAGGCCCGGAAGGGCUCCAGGCGUGAGGGAGAGGCCUUGGAGUGCGACGAGGACGCCAACGGAGGGAAUGUGGCUUCGGAGGGCGACAUCUCCGAGCAGAAUCCUGAGGCGGCCGCAGGGGCUGGUGUGGCCAAUGGGGGAGGGGCUGGUGUGGCCAAUGGAGGAGAGGAGGUUGGUGAGGAAGAGGAGGACGAGGACGACGAUUUCAUCACCAACGAGGUGAAGCGGCGGCUCAAGGAGAUGAGGAAGAACACCUUCAUGGUGCUCAUCCCGGAGGAGGAGAAUGCUGAGGUGGAGGAGGAUGAGGACGGGGAAGAGGAAGAGGAAGGGAGUAGCUCCAGGGAGUGGAUGGAGUCCGACGUCGGCGAAGGGUUCCCGCUAUGUGGCUUCGACUCGCUCUAUGAUAAGUACUCUCAGAGAAUGGUGGCGUUUGAUAAGACGAUUACACAGAUCUUUAAGGAUUCAGAUCUAUUGUUUGAACAAUUUCAUGAUUUUCACUUUUUGGUGCUGAGUAUUCUGAAAAUCUACAUGGUGACUGAGCAUCUUACGAGCUUUGAUGGUCAACCAUAUAUAGAUUCUUAUGCUAGCCGACGGUUAUCAUUUGGGUCAUUCAACAUCUCAAAAAAGUCGCCUAGAUCAGCAUCAAAAUUGGCAUCAACCUUGCGCAGUCUAUCAUUCAAAAGGAGGGAUGAGCUUCAGGAGGACUGUGAGAAUCUUCAGCAGCAGCAGAGCGAGGAUGACCCUUACCAAAUACUCGAGACUGCUUAUGUUGCACAGGUUUCUUUAAGCUGGGAGGCUAUUCAUUGUACCUACAUGCACCUGAGUCUGAUACUGGCAGCACAGCCGGAGAAUCCCACCACCUAUAGCUGUGCUGCUCAAGCAUUUCAGCAGUUUCAGGUUCUGUUGCAGAGAUUUGUUGAGAAUGAACCAUUUGAGCAAGGUUCACGUUUUCAGAUAUAUGCACGUUCUCGGAGCUCCUUGUCGAAAUUGCUUCAGGUUCCCACUUUUCAAGGUCCCCCGCCUACCAGCUUUGCAGACUCACCCAAUCUCCAUACUGGGUCCAGCUUGUUUCAUGCUGACUUUGUGCACGUUUUGGAGCCACCGAAUGGUCCAUGUGAAUCUCAUAAGGCCAUCGACGGGACUCCUGCUGGUAUUGCCCUUUCAUACAUGAACGUGGUACUAAGAUGUAACAGAAAGAUGUAUUUUGAAAAUACCGGCAGUGAAUGCACACAAUGGUUUGUGGAUACAUUGGGUAUGAUUGCAGACGGGAAAGAUAAUGCUGAAGACCAGACGGAACCAAUCUUGGCACCUGACCUCAUGAAAUUAUUAGAGGAGUGUAUCUUAACUUUUCGUGUUUUCCUGAAGAAGGACAAGAAAAAGAGCAGUGUCCUCAUGGGCGUUCAUGGCCAUACUGGAAGUUCGAUUCAGCAAGUUCAAUCCUCUCUGGAUAAGAAGGAGAUGAAGGUGAAAGAGCUGUUCAAGAAGAAAAAGGGAUGGAAGAGCAAGACCUGGCCGACCACAAUGGAGGAAGUGCAGCUGCUGUUUGCCCUGACGGACAUCAAAGUGGUGUCGAGGGUGCUGAGAAUGGCCAAGCUGAGCAAGGAGCAGCUGCUGUGGUGCGAGGAGAAGAUGAGCAAGCUGGACCUCUCCGACAACAAGCUGCGGCGGGAUGGAUGCCCUAUCCUCUUCCCCUGCUGA